AAGGACGUCGCGCGUCACCGCUGUUUGGUGUCUAUCGGAAAUUGAAAGUAGAAGAAGAAGCUAGCCGCUCGCUGGUUAGGCUGCUAACUAACUUGCCACGGGAGAAACCUAGUGUGCUAACCGGUAGCAUUAAAUCUACAAAAGAAGACCUUUUCACUUACUUUGAAAGUUUUCAGGCUUGGAUCCAAGGUCCUGUGCCAUUUUUCUUGAACUCAUCAUUUACUACUGUCAUGGCUGCAUCCCUGGUUUAAAGAUUUAUUUUUGGAGUUUUGGAUUGGAUCUAGGAAUAGGAUAAGGACCAAUUCCGCAGCUAUUUGUGAAAGCAAGAAGUGAUCUUAAAGUCUGCAGGUGCCCCCCAUUCUGUGUCAGCAGUGCCAUCCUCUCCACCACCAUGUCCGAAGGCCGGAUCUACGUUGGGAAUCUUCCCAUGGACGUUCAGGAGAGAGACAUUGAGGAUCUCUUCUACAAAUAUGGAAAAAUUCGUGAAAUUGAAUUAAAGAACAAUAGAGGCACUAUCCCUUUUGCCUUCAUCCGAUUUGAAGACCCACGGGAUGCAGAUGACGCAGUUUAUGGAAGGAAUGGAUAUGGAUAUGGGGACUCCAAGCUGCGUGUUGAGUAUCCUCGAUCCUCUGGUGCAAAAUCUGGUCCAAUGGGGGGCGGUGGAGGAGGACCAAGAGGAAGGUUUGGACCCCCAACUCGAAGAUCUGAAUUCCGGGUCCUAGUGACUGGUUUACCACCAAGUGGGAGCUGGCAGGAUCUGAAGGACCACAUGCGCGAAGCAGGAGAUGUUUGCUUUGCAGACGUGCAGCGAGACGGUGAAGGUGUAGUGGAGUUUCUCCGCAGAGAGGACAUGGAGUACGCACUGCGCAGACUGGACCGGACUGAGUUCCGUUCGCAUCAAGGUGAGACCGCUUACAUCCGUGUCUAUGAGGAGAGAGGCACUCCUAACUACAGCCGGUCACGCUCCAGAUCCAGGGGGCGCUAUUCUCCUCCCCCCUACCAUAACAGAGGUUCUCCACCUUCGCGCUACCAGUCUCCUCCCCGCCAUGCUAUGUCACGGCAUAGUCCACCCCCCAGGAGGCACCCCCCACAGCACCAUAGCCCCCCACCCCGUCACUAUCGGUAGACGGGCCCCGCCAGCAAUUGAGGAAUUGGAGGAAAGUUUUUGUAAUUCUGAAUUUUAUCAUCUUUUUUGUAAACCCAGGCCUCCUCACGCUAUGUUGAUAUUUCUUGAUAUACAUUCCAUAGUCAGAAACCUCUGAACAACCUGCUCCUCCUCACAGCCUUAAAUCAAUUUUCCUUUGUUUUUUACGCAACCAUGUGUUGUCUGGAAACAGGAUUGUUGUGAUUUUGUUUUUUCUGAGAUUGACCGCUGCAUUCGACCGUUGUAUAACACAUUGGAUGUUUCUUUUAUAAAGAAAUCCUGGGUUGUGAUGUAACAUUUUUAGUCAAUACACACAGGUGUUGAAAUAUCGUCCGAGAGAAAUUACACAACUCCGCAACUAUCAAGUUAAACAGUAAAACUGCUUCUUAAAUUAACAAAAUUUUCCUUUUGUGUGUGUGUGUCACAUUUCAGUAGCUUUGAAUAUGAAGUUAUUUCCGAUAUGGGAACCUGUGAAGCUGAUCAGUAUCGUAAAAUUAGUGAGCCUUUUAGAGUAGUGACACAUGCCGACUGUGAGCCUCGCCUGUCUUUCUUUUUAACGUGUGAAUUGCUGAUGGAGGUGGCCUGUAAUUUGUAUGCAUCUCUGAUGUUGCUGUUUUUUUUUCUUUACCAAUAAAAAGCAAACUUUUACUGCAA